AUGAAUUACUUGUCUACUCAAAAAACGGCAGUAUUCGAUGCUGUGAAAAGAUUUUAUGAAGCCACACACGAGGUGCUCGAGGUUCCAAUUGUGGGCACGUUGAUGGCAGCUCUCCUUUUCAACGUGGAGCCACUCGCGUUUUAUCUGAUCACUGAACGUGCAUCCCAGGCAUUUCUCGAUCCAACCGAGCCUGGCUUGAUUGAGAUCACUUUCGAUCAAUUCUCCUCAAUCAUCCCAUAUGUGAAUGGAUUAUUUCUUGGGACGCUAUCUCUGUCAAUCCUGACAAAUUGCAUCGCCAUCUAUCACUCGGCCAGAAAUAACGAAUUGAUAUCAGCGAUCAGACUGGUGGCCACAGCUGAGAACGUGAAUCGCCUUCUCUACACGAUGAGUCUGGCCAUUGUGAUGGGUUGUUCAUCGCUUAUGAUCCCG